AAGGAUCAGCGCGGCGAGAGGAAAGGCGAUAAGCGGAGCAUCAGUGUGUGCAUGGCAUUGUUCUCCGGGACAGACACGCACCAGGUCUUCAGCGCGGCUCGUGCGCAGCGGGAUUUGGGGGCCCGGGACGGCGGAGACGCGCCUUCCUCUCGUGCGCCUCGGAGCGACGCACCGCGCGUCACAGACGUCAGAUUUGUCCAGGAGGGCUGUGUUUACACAGGAGCCGUCCGGAGCCACGUUUUCAGCCAGAGCCCUCGGUGUGGGACGGUGCAGCAGCUCGGGGUUGUCGGUUUAACUCCCAGGGCCAAUGCAAAGUGUGGAUCAGUGCAGGAAAACAAGCCCCGAUGCAAAGAAACCCGAGACAGUCGGAUACAUUUUUUUUCUUGUUAAAGAAAAUAUCCAGAGGAGAGCACAUGUCGAGCAUGAUGCCAGUCGCUUCCUUGAGUCAACUUUAGUGGAUGUCGACAUGGAAAGUGUUGCAAACUAAUCAGAAAGUGCGCGUGGCCGCGGUUUGCAGGGAAUGCCGCUCUGGUGAUCUAUUUGUGAACUAGUUUGUACCCGGUUGCUCUCAGCCGCGCGUGGGCUCGAAGCCAGGCGCGCCGCCAUGGAGGGGAAGGAGGAGAAGGAGAAGCUGGACAGGAGGUUCUCCCUGACCUACAUCGGCUGGUCCAGCCUGGACAGGCGCACCACGCUGCCCAUGCUGCCCUGGCUGGUGGCCGAGAUCCGCCGCCGGAGCGAGAGGGGCGACUGCGGCCCCGUCAUGCAGCCGCGGGACGUCCAGCUGGUCCUCUGCCCCCCGUUCGUGCGCUGCGUCCCCUCCGGCAGCAGCAACCCGUCGGUCUUCAUCUUCGAGCACAAGGCGCAGCUCAUCUCUCGCUUCAUCCACAACAGCAGCGAGCUCUGCUACUUCGCCUAUCUGCUGCGCGGCCAGCCGGACAACCCCGAGUCCGAGAUGUCCUGUCACGUCUUCAGGACCUGCGACCCCAGCCAGGUCCCUGAGGUGAUCACCAGCAUUCGCCAAUUGUCUAAGUCGGCCCUGAAGGAAGACGCGAAGCCCAAACAGGAAGCCGACGAGGCCUUCUACAACUCACAGAAGUUUGAAGUGCUUUACUGCGGAAAGGUGACAGUCGGCCACAAAAAGGCUCCCUCCACCCUCAUCGACGACUGCAUCGACAAGUUUCGGCAGCAUGAGAUCGAGCGCAAGCGCCUGCGGCUGCUGAACGGCCAGCGGGGGUCCACGGAGAGCGCCCCGGUCGAGUUCCUCAUGGGAGCAGAAGGCGACCCUCUUUCCUCCGCCCUCAGUGAGAAAGCAGAAGACCCAGAAGCCCCUGGAGCGGAGGACAUGACUGCAGGAGGUGCUGUGCCGGGUUCGGGUCCAGGUCCAGGUCCAGGUCCAGGCCUCUCCAGCACCGGCAGCCAGAGCAGCCUGCGAGGAUCAUUCCCAGAAUGCAUCCUGGAGGACUCCGGCUUCGAGGAGCCGCAGGAGUUCCGUACCCGCUGCAGCAGCCUGGCAGGCAGUCUGCAGAGGAAGCCGGGCGAAGGGGUCCUCAUGGGCCCCCAGCGCCGCCGCCACGCCAGCGCCCCCAACAACGUGCAGCCGUCCGACGCUGACAAGAACCGCACCAUGCUCUUCCAGGUUGGUCGUUUUGAAAUAAACCUCAUCAGUCCAGACACCAAGACAGUGGUGCUGGAGAAGAACUUCAAAGACAUCUCAUCCUGCUGCCAGGGAAUCAAACAGACGGAUCAUUUUGGGUUCAUCUGUCGGCACCCGGCGGAGUCCGGUCCCAGUCAGUAUGUGUGCUACGUCUUUCAGUGCGCCAGUGAAUCCCUGGUGGACGAGGUGAUGCUGACCCUGAAGCAGGCCUUCACCACCGCCGCCGCCCUGCAGAGCAGCAAGACCCAGAUCCAGCUGUGUGAGGCCUGCCCCAUGCACGACCUGCACAAGCUCUGCGAGAGGAUUGAAGGUCUCUACCCCCCCAGAGCAAAGCUGGCCAUCCAGAAAUAUCUGUCCCAGCUGAACGACAAUGAGCAGGUCGAGGUUUUUGAGCGGGUUCAGAGGCUGAAGCCCGGAUCAGACCAAGAAGAGAACGAGCUGGUGAUCCUUCAGCUGAGGCAGCUCUGUGAGAGCAAACAGAAAACCCACCUCCACAUCGGAGAGAGCCCUCAGAGCGCAGCUAACAGCUCGGCGGCGGGAGACGGCGCCGCCGCCACCAGCAGCCGCUUCAAACUUGAUAUUCUGAAGAAUAAAGCGCGCACGUCCCUCACCAGCUCCCUGGAAAACAUCUUCGCAAGGGGUGCCAGCCGGAUGCGGGGCCGCCUGGGAAGCAUGGGAAGCAUCAGCAGCUUCGACAGACAGGACGAGGAGUCCCCCGGCCACUCUCCUCCCGGCUCUCCUCCCGCCUUCCCCGACGAUGACCUGGAGGGCGGGCCGCAGUUCCGCCGGCGCGCCCACACCUUCAGCCACCCGCCGGUGAAGAAGCGCAUCUCCUUCGAGGGCCAGCCGGCCAAUCAGAUCCGACAGGCUCCUCUCCGCAGGCAGCAGUCCGUCAACCAGGAGCUCCUGCACAACAGUCCCGCGGCGGUGUCGAGAACGCGCAGCGUCUCGGAGAGCGAGUCCUCCUUCGGCCUCCCCUCCGCCUUCUCUGCCCCCACUUUCCUGAAAAGCUUUUACCAGGGCUCCCUGGGCUCCCUGGGCUCCCUGGCAGACAGUGGGAGCCUCAAGAGCAAUGGGGAGGGCAGGAAGAGGACCCUCUCUGGUUGCAGCAGCGACUCGCUGAGCGGCGGCCUCCCUCUGACCCCGCGCAGGGUCUCCUGGAGACAGAAGAUCUUCCUGAGGGUCGCGUCGCCCAUGAACAAGCCAUCUGCCUCCAUGCAGCAGACAGAUCACUGUGACGUCGGGGAGCUGCUGCCCCUUUCCCCCCGUGCCUUGAACUCGAACGUGGACAGCUUGGGGCGUCUGCUGCCCCGGGCGGGCGACCCGGCGUCCGGGGAGCGACCCAAGCGGACGGGGGCCGAGUACCGCGCCCUGUGGAGGACCGCCAUCCACCAGCAGAUCCUGCUGCUGCGCAUGGAAAAGGAGAACCAGCGGCUGGAGGAAGCGAGCAGGGAUGAGCUGCACAUUCGCAAGAUGAAGCUCAACUACCAGGAAGUGAGCCAGUGCUCCAAAGAGGCGCAGGCAUUGUGGGAGAAGAAGCUGACGGCCCCGGGCAGGACCACCGUCCCACAAGACAUGGAGAACAUGUACCGAGCGCUCUGCCAAGGACUUCCAAAGAACCGGCGCGGGGAGGUCUGGUUGCUGCUUUCCCAUCAGCACCGGCUGCGACACCGGCUCCCCCAGCGGCAGCAGGCGCCCGACACCGCCUACUACGACCUGCUGAAGCAACUGACCGCGCAGCAGCACGCCAUCCUGGUGGAUUUAGGCCGGACCUUCCCCACACAUCAGUACUUCUCGGCCCAGCUGGGCGCCGGGCAGCUGUCCCUCUACAACCUGCUGAAGGCCUACUCUCUGCUGGACACGGAGGUGGGCUACUGCCAGGGAAUCAGCUUCGUGGCCGGGGUGCUGCUGCUGCACAUGAGCGAGGAGCAGGCGUUCGACAUGCUGAAGUUCCUGAUGUACGACCUGGGCAUCAGGCGGCAGUACCGGCCCGACAUGGUGUCCCUGCAGAUUCAGAUGUACCAGCUCUCCCGGCUGCUGCACGACUACCACAGAGAUUUGUACAAUCACUUCGAGGAGCACGAGAUCUGCCCCAGCCUCUACGCCGCGCCGUGGUUCCUCACGCUCUUCGCCUCGCAAUUCCCCCUCGGCUUCGUGUCCCGCAUCUUCGACUUCGUCUUCGUCCAGGGCCUGGAGGUGAUCUUUAAAGUGGCGCUGUGUUUGCUGAGCAGCCAUGAGGGGGAGAUAGUGGAGUGUGACAGCUUCGAGAGCAUCGUGGACUAUCUGAAAACCACGCUGCCCGCUCUCACUCAGGCACAGAUGGAGCAGACCAUCGCAAAGGUCAUGGAGAUGGACAUAUCCAAGCAGCUGCACGCCUACGAGGUGGAGUACCACGUCCUGCAGGACGAGAUGUUCGAGGCCGGACCGCCGCCCGAUGACUCGGACCGCCUGGACAAGCUGGAGAAGACCAACACGCAGCUGAAGAAGCAGAACAUGGACCUGCUAGAGAAGCUGCAGGCCGCCCGGCAGAAGAUCCAGUCGCUGGAGACCAGCGUGGAGAACUUCCUUUCUCGGGAGAGCAAAAUGAAGCACGUGAUCCGCUCUCUGGAGCAGGAGCGAGCCGCUCACCAGAAGACCAUCGAACGCAUGCGCUCGUGCCUCCCCCCCGACACCCUGACAGAUGUGGAGAUGACCCAGAUCAAAACAGGACCCAACGGGAAAGCCAAACCCGCAGCCAAGAAGCCCUGACGGGAACCAGGGGCCGGCUGCUGUGGGCGGACGGACGGACGGACGGACGGACGGCGGACCGGGCGAGUGCGGCGCUCUUCCUGGAAGGACGCACGGCUCCGGUGUGUCGCUCUGUGAAUGUGUGAUGUCUGGACUGGAGACUGUAUGGUGAACGAGGGGGGGGAGGACGGGUUCAGUGGGAUCAGCUGACUGACGGUUUCCGUCCUGCCGUCUGUCUGCUUCACUGAGAUCAAGAUGCACUCCGUUCUGCACUUCUCAGAUCUUUUGAGUAAUCAUGGGGGGGUUUAUAGAUCGGUGGAGGUGGGAGCUUUGUCCGCCUCUGUGGGUUUUUAUCAGCACUGCCUUUAAGUGUUUACUUCCAGUCUCUGUAGCGUCACAGCAACAGUGAGCAGAAGGUGCCUGCUGGCGAAUCCUCGUCUGGACCUCAGGGUCGACUCAUAGCCAUGACCAGUGGGUUGAAGCUGGGGGGGGGGCGGCAACGCUCUCUCCCGUCUCCCAGCGUCCGUCUGCGAUGGAAACGUUGGCCUCGGGCUCUUUACUCGGCUUUGUAAUUUCCUUUGAUUCACUUGAAUAUUUUUGUGAAUGUAACCUCACUCCAAAGAUCAUCCGGGCUCCGGUUUGCGCCCGGCCACUGCCUGCCACGCUCAGCGCUCUCUGCCACUGCCUUUACAUGAGGGAUGUUUAUUUCUCGCACUUGUUGCUUUAAAGGAGGAAGUGUUUUUUUUUUUUUUCUUUGCGAAGCUGAGGCGGGAUGUGAGGCUGUCUGCCUUUUCAGCUUCCUGUGUGACUGACCGCCGUGUCGCCUUGUUUCAGCAUCAUGUUCAGACACCGAGGCGGAGAUCACGCCCCCCAGGAGGCCCCAGUGACACACUCAGGUGGAGGAGUGAUCUGAAUGUACAUUACACGCUUCCUCUCUGUGGGAGGUUCUUCUUGUCAGCCUCAGAUUCGACAAAGCGAGCAAUAUCCUUCCUUUUCUGUAAUUUGUGAGCAUAAGCAGCUCCUGUUGUUUGAUUUCAGGAUUUCAACACGUCCAAGUUUCCCCUGAUACUGGCUGAUACAGUACAUCCAGACACACACUGCAGUGAACUGGCUGUCUGUGGACAGACACUUUAUAUGAGUUCAAAGACUGUCCCUGGCUCCCUACUCAGUUUUGUUUUAUCCCACCUACCAUGUCUGACUCACCGCCACCAGUUCUGAUUGAAAGCAAAACACUCCUGGGCCUGACUUGACUUGCACAGAACACCCUUACAUUAACACCAAGGUGAUGUCUAUCAUGAGGAAAGUGUCUGUCAGCCUCCCCGUCCUUGGUGACAAGUUGCGAUGACACACUGAUGCCUGUCUCAGAGUGGAGUUUCUUUUAACGCUCAAACUUCACGGGUGGACACAAAGCAACGUCUUCAUGUUUAUCAGUCCUCUGCAGCUGUAAUUCAAGUUACUGAUGCAAACAGGGUUUAAUGGGUUGAUGAAUGCAGCCGCUCUCUUUCAGGGUGAAACGCUCCAGUGCUGUAUUUGUCAAAGUUUCACAUGUGAGCAGCAGGGAUCCUCUCAACAGUCCAGCAAUGACACAUAUCAGAGACGUCCGCGUUGAAGAUCCUGACUGAUCGAUCGCGGUCCUGCACAGCUUGAGCGCGUCUCUCGUUGGCCUGGACUUUGCUCAGCCACAGUGUUUUUGCAUCUUGGAAACGGACCGUAAAACCAAAGAUGCUUGAGUUCCCCAAAUGACAAAAGGAGCAAAUUCAAUCAUAAUACAGUGGUGUGUUUGAAAAGCGACAACCUUUUCUAGUCACAGCUGGUUUUUACUGACAUGGCUUGAACAGACACCAAAUACUGUUAGUGAAACUCGACAGGGAAUCAAUAGACUGUUUUUUUUUUUAUUGUCACGCAGUGUUUUCGUUUUUUUGUGCCAAAAAUGUUGCGAUGGCCUUUACUGUCCAUUGGUUCGGUUCACGAAACCGCUUUACUUCAGUAUCCAACCCAGAGCGCGUGGACGUCAGAGAAGGACGUGCCCGGUCCUCCAGGUGCUUCUGCCGACCGCCAUGUGCUCGAAUCACUGUGUUUAAUGUGGACUGUCAACACGAGGGCUACGCUGAGGCAAAGAAACUGCUCUGAAUUCUUCAAUAAACCUCACCUGGCCUUGUU